CCCGCAGCCCCGGACACAGCCGGGACGGGGGCCCCGCACCGGCUCCGAGCUCGGGGGGGGCGGGGGGCGGCUCGGGGACUCCUGCCCCACGGCGGGACAGCCCCGCAGCGCCCGGUGGCCGCUCAUCAGCCGGGCAGCAGCGGCGACACCCCCCCCCCGGCUCCCCCACGGACCUCUGGGGCUCUGGCGAGGGGGAGCGCACCGGAGCUUGCUUCACCCACCCUCCCCAGCAUGCGGACGCCGGCGGCGAUGAUCGUGGGGCUGGUGCUGUGCCCCUGCGGGCUUCUGCUGACGCUCACGGGCACGCUGGCACCCAACUGGAGGCAGGUGAGCCUCGUACCCGACCAGCCCGUGGACUUCGUCUUGGAGCAGGGCAUCUGGGACCUGUGCAGCGAGCGGCAGAGCAGCCACGACCGCCACUGCGGGCAGGCUGAUGAGCUGGGCUACUUCGAGCGGGUGCCCGUGCGGGUGGCCCAGGGGCUGAUGCCCACCUCGCUGGUGCUCACCCUCCUGGGUUUGGGGGUGGCUGCCCUGGGGGUGCGCUGCUGGCGGAAGGAGCCGCGGCACCUGGUGGCUGGCGUGGCAGGGCUUGUGCUGCUCCUCUCCGGGGUGCUGAGCCUUGUGCCUGCCUCCUGGUACACCCAUGAGCUGUGGGCACUGCCCGCGCCGGCCGGCAGCACGCUGGCUGUAGGCUACAGCCUGGUGCUGAGCUACUUGGGAAGCUGCCUGGAGGUCUCGGGGGGGCUGGCCCUCGCCCUCAGCUUCCACCACUGCUGCAAGGAACGCAGGGCCCCCAAACUGACCCCCAGCCCUGUGCUGGAGGCUGGGCCGUGCUCCACCACUGGGGCUUACCGCAAUCCCUGGGACGUGCUGGAGGACGAGCGAGACGGACGGCACUGGAGGAGCACCCUGCCUUGCGACUCCGACUUGUAACCCCAGCACAGGGACAGCAGUGGGCACCGGCCAGCCUGCCGUGCUGGUGCCUGCCCCUCCAAGCCAUGCCCUUCUCUAGGGGCACCUCAGAGCAGGCUGGAAACAAGACCAAGGACCUGGCUCGAAUCUCUGCAACCUCCUCAAAAGCCUGCCGUGCUCCACUUCCCACAACUGUGCCAAAGCCAUGCCGGGUUGAGGACCAGCCCUGGCUCCAGCCCCUCCUUGCAGCUUUUGGCUCAUCCUCCUGCACCAUGCAGCAGCUUGGGCAAAGGCAGCUCCCGUGUUCCCUCACGAGCAAAGUACAGGUUAGCACCAUGUAGCCUUCAGGGCUGGGAAUCGGGGAGGGAAGCGCCUCCCACAUGUCUCUGCUCAACUCAGGGCUGUGCAAACAGCAAAAUAAAUGAAGAGGAACGGG